AUGAAGUUGCCAGGACGCCAAGGGGAUCGAGAACGGAGCACCGGUACAGGCACCAAGCUACGGCGGAAGCAGGCAGCUUCAGAGGCAGGCGGCCGAGGACCUGUGCCUCUGUCCGCGUGCUGCAAGCUGACUGCUGACGGUACCGACGCACUGCAGACGGACCCAAACAAGGCCCCCAAAGGUACUCAAAGGUCGGCAAACGCCAGGGUCCCCGCCAGGCCCCCCACCGAUCGACGGCCGUCCCACUGUUCCACUGCACUGUCCCAACACUCUGGGAUCCGGUGGGGCCACGUCCCCUCAGCUGGUCCCGGCAGCGCCCACCGAGUCACUCGAUCGCCUCGCCAUCGCGGCCUCGAUCCAGCUGUCCCGGGAACUAAUAUAACUUCGUCGAGCUCUCCCUCCACCUCGCCCUCCUGCUCCCUCCUCCUCCUCUUUCCCCUCACCUCUGCCUGCACCGAACAUCAACCUGCAGCUCCACCACAGCCGUGCACAUACGAACAGAACUUGGACAGGAUCCAGUCUGACUCUCUGCCAACAUCACCCUCCUCACAACUCCCCUCAUCCCCUCGUCCCCUCGUCGACACCCUUCCUCGUCGACACCCUUCUUCUGCCUUCUUCCCCCUCCUCUUCCACGCGACCCAGCCGGACAGAGGAUCGAAACUGGCAGGCCGGAACCGCAAGGACACGAGCAGGUCUCAACCCAUCUCGUCGACCAAGUCGACCAAGACGACCGACACCAAAGCCGACACCAACGCCAACACCGCCUCCAGCUCCAAAACCGUCGUCGGCAAGACGCACCAAACACGUCCAACGGCCAAGGAAACCCACGACGUGAGCGAAGCAACCGCCACCAUGUCGCCCAAGUCGGAAGCUACCUACUACCUCUUGCCCGAUCUCUGCGCCCUCGACACGUCAGCCCGAGAGCUCGAGCUCGACGCCCAUGCUUGGGUCCAGCCCACCAUCAUCGAUGAUGACGACCUGACUUUUGGCGGCAAGCCGCUGAGCGCCUGGUACGAAGAGGAGCGCAGCCGGCUCAGCAGCAGCGCCGCGAGCAGCGACGACGACCAGUGCGAGGAGCGACGCGGCCGCGAGCGCACCAGGAGGCACCGCAAGGACGGGAGCGCCAAGUCCUAUCACCACCACCACCACCACCACAGCCACCACGGCCACGAUCAGAAAUGA